GCCCAGUCCUUUGCCACCUUAUUUCCUUCGUCGCCUAUAUAAAGCCAGCAAUGGACAUACCCGUGCCAGUGCCAAUCCCACAUACCUCUCGCAUCCAGCCAGCUUUCUGAUCGAAAGAGCAGGAGGCUGCUCGCUAUACUCCUACUCGCUAGGGAGAGGAGCGAGAGCAAGGAGGAUGGCCACGAGACCUGGCCCCCUCAGCCGCUGGCCAUGGCAAGAUCUUGGAAACUACAAGUACGCGGUGGUGGCUCCAUGGGCGGCGCGCAGCACGUACAGGUUCUUGACGGCGAGCGGCAGCGAUGACCAGAGGAGGGACCUGCUCGGCUUCGCCGUGCUGCCGGUGCUCCUCCUCCGCCUCCUCUACAGCCAGGUGUGGAUCAGCGUCUCCCGCCACCAGACGGCGAGGAGCAAGCACCGGAUCGUGAGCAAGAGCCUGGACUUCGAGCAGGUGGACCGGGAGAGGAGCUGGGACGACCAGAUCCUCCUGACGGCGCUGCUCUUCUACGUGGUGAACGCGGCGGCGCCGGCGGCGCAGGGGCUGCCGUGGUGGAACUCCAAGGGCCUGGUGGUGGCGGCGCUGCUGCACGCGGGGCCAGUGGAGUUCCUCUACUACUGGCUCCACCGCGCGCUGCACCACCACUACCUGUACGCCCGGUACCACUCGCACCACCACGCGUCCAUCGUGACGGAGCCCAUCACCUCCGUCAUCCACCCCUUCGCGGAGGAGGUGGUCUACUUCGCCCUCUUCGCCAUCCCGCUGCUCACCAUGGUGGCCACCGGCACCGGCUCCGUCGUGGUGGCCAACGGAUACCUCAUCUACAUCGACUUCAUGAACUACCUCGGCCACUGCAACUUCGAGCUCGUCCCCAAGAUGCUCUUCGACGUCUUGCCUCCACUCAAGUACCUCAUGUACACGCCAUCGUUCCACUCUCUGCACCACACGCAGUUCCGCACCAACUACUCCCUCUUCAUGCCGCUCUACGACUACCUGUACGGGACGCUGGACAAGUCGAGCGACGACCUGUACGAGCGCACGCUGCACGGCCGGGAGGAGGCGCCCGACGUCGUCCACCUCACGCACCUCACCACGCCGGACUCCGUCCUCCACCUCCGCCUCGGCUUCGCCUCCCUCGCCGCUGCGCCGCUCGCCGCCCCCUUCGCCACCAGGCUGCGCCUCCGAGCGGCGGCCCCGCUGGCCAAGCUCACCUCGCUCCUCGGGAGCACCUUCAGGGCCGAGGCCAACAGGCUCCACAACCUCAACAUCGAGACAUGGGUCGUCCCAAGAUACACAUCCCAGUAUUUGUCGAAGGAUGGUUUGUAUUCGAUCGGGCGCUUGAUUGAGAAGGCCGUGGCCGAUGCAGAAGCAAGUGGCGCCAGGGUGCUAACGCUCGGUCUACUGAAUCAGGCGAACGAGUUGAACCGGAACGGAGAGCUAUAUGUCAUCAGGAAACCUAACCUGAAGACCAAGAUCGUCGAUGGGACCAGCUUGGCCGUCGCCGCCGUGGUCCACAUGAUCCCUCCAGGCACGAAGGACGUGCUCCUCCUGGGAGACGCGAACAAGGUCGCCACCGUGUUGGCUUCGGCUCUCUGCGAACGGGAAAUUCUGGUUCAGAUGGUGGACAAGGAUCUGUAUGACUGCCUGACGCAGGAGCUGCGCCCAGAGCUGCACAAGCACCUGCUUGUUUCUAGCAGUUACACCAGCAAGGUGUGGCUUGUUGGUGACAAGCUGAGGGAUCAAGAGCAGAGGAAGGCCCAGGCCGGCGUCCACUUGGUGCCCUACUCACAGUUCCCUCCCAACGCGAUGCGCGAGGACUGCGUCUACCACAGCACCCCCGCGCUGGUGGUGCCGGACUUGUUCGAGAACCUCCAUGCCUGCGAGAACUGGCUGCCGCGGAGGGUGAUGAGCGCGUGGCGCGCGGCGGGCAUCGUGCACGCGCUGGAGAAGUGGGACGCGCACGAGUGCGGCGCCAGGGUCACCGGCGUCGACAAGGCCUGGCGCGCCGCGCUGGCCCACGGCUUCCGCCCCUACGACCGCCAUGGCGCCGCCGUCGCCAAGUGAUAGGAUCGCAGGAGGCAUGGAGCUCCGAUCCCGGCGGUGCCAUGCCAACGACGAAAUUAUUAAAGCAUGUUGGAUUGUUCUCUGUGUUGCUGAUCGAUGAUGAAGUGGUUGUAGCGUAAUGCGUGGCUUGAGGUGUGUUGGUUUCUUCUACUGGAAAAUGGAAUGAGCAAUAUUCCGAUAAAAAAUGCCUCUGAUUGAACACCCUAA